AUGGCAUCUACAGUGGGUGCUUCUAUACAAUCCAGUUACCUACGGUGCCCUUUUAUUGGGGAGGCGUACGGGCAGCUUCGUUUUGCUGGGAUCCCUAAGCCUCAGGUUAGUCCUGUGAGGAAGAAUGUAGAGUGCAAAGAGUCCCGAAUAGGGAAGCAACCUAUUCCGGUACCGUCCACUGUGACCCUCACGAUGAACGGCCAAGACUUAAAAGUGAAAGGCCCACUUGGGGAGCUCGCCAUUACUUAUCCACGGGAAAUUGUGCUCCACAGAGAAGAAUCUGGAGUUCUCAAGGUAACGAAGGCUGUGGAGACAAGGAGGGCCAACCAAAUGCAUGGUUUAUUCAGGACCCUGACCGAUAAUAUGGUGGUGGGGGUUUCCAAAGGGUUCGAGAAGAAACUUCAGCUGGUUGGCACUGGUUAUCGUGCCAUGGUCGAGGGAAAAGAUAUAGUUCUCAAUCUCGGUUUUUCACACCCGGUUAGAAUGGCAAUCCCGGAUGACUUGCAGGUGAAGGUUGAAGAAAACACUAGAAUUACAGUUAGCGGAUAUGACAAGUCUGCAAUUGGUCAAUUUGCGGCCUCGAUUAGGAAGUGGAGGCCUCCCGAGCCUUACAAGGGCAAAGGUGUGAAAUAUGCGGAUGAGAUUGUUCGGAGGAAAGAGGGGAAAGCAGGCAAGAAGAAGUGA